AUGUCUUCCGAUGAUGAGUCUGUCCACCGCCCAGGUCGCAGAGGCGGCCAGAGUCCCAUGGGCGACGACCAUGAUUCUGACAAUGGGAACCAGAGCCCAUUUGGAGCUGGAGAUGAUGAUAACGAUGCUGAUCUGUUUGGAUCUGACGGGGAUGACGAUAGAAUUGACAAUGAUCGACCUCCCCGUACUCUAGAUGACGAGCAGCUGGACUCUGGAGAUGAUGAGAACCGCCAUGAUCGUACUGAAGAUCGCAUGGAUGAGGCCGACGAUUAUGGGUACCCGGAGACAGUCAAUAUCAUGGACAUGGGCCUUGCGCGUGCGCCAGUACCCGAGACCAAUGAUGGCCAGGUCUAUACUAUGCGAGUCCCCGAAUUUCUCUCGAUCGAAGCCGAAGAGUUCAACCCUCAGACCUACGUUGCGCCUGCAUACUCUACCGCCGCUACAUCACUCUGCUGGCGCAAAGAUCCCAAGGAUGGUUCCCUGAUCCAGUCAAAUGCACGCUUCAUCCGCUGGAAUGACGGUUCCAUGACCUUGCAGCUUGCGUCCUCCCCUCUUGAGCAAUACCGCCUCGUUACCAAACCCCUAGUCCCUCUCAACAAGGCCGGAGAAUACGAUACAAAGCUCGACUCCCACGUUUACCUCGGUGCUGCGAUUGAAACCGCCUCUAUCUUCCGAUUGACUUCACAUGUUACACACGGUCUGACUGUUCUCCCGACUACCUUGGAAACAGAUGACGCGGUCCUGAAGCUCCAGGCUUCCUUGGCUGCUGCUGCUCGUGGUAGUAAGCAGACUGCUGAUGGCUCUUUGCCGGUUAUCGAUAUGAAGGAAGAUCCAGAGAUGGCCUCCAGGAAGGCCGAGAUGCUGGAACGUGAGGCCAUGCGUGCUGAGCGCCGUCGUCAACAGCUUGCGGAUCGCGAGGCUGAUCGUGGUCAGAAAAGAGCAGCACCUGUUCCUCGUGCGGCUAUUGGUCUUCUUGGCGCUCUUGAGACUGAAGGCAUGCUGGGUAGUCGUCCUCGUGCUAAGCCUCGUCGUGUUAACCGUCGUGGCGAGAUCAACACAGAUGAUGAGGAGGACUACGGUCGUGGUGGCCGGACUCGUGAGGAUGAGUAUGAUGAGGACGAUGGCUUCCUGGUUGGUAGUGACGAGGAUAUUGAGGAAGAUGCCGACGAUGACGAUGACGAGGUUGAGCUGGAAGAUGAGGAUAUGGAUGCUGAGGGUGAGGUUGAUGAGGAGGUUGCUCCUAAGGCAUCUCGCAGCAGACCCUCAGAACCAGAGGCUCGUGCUGGUACACCUCCAGCUCGUAAGAAGCAUCGUUAUGUGGUGGAUGACGAGGACUCUGAUGAGUGA